CUUUCUUGAGCUCAUGUUUGUGUGAUCACUUGUUAUUUUCGAUACUUCUUCCUAGCUCGAGCUCGUGUUUUGUGAUCACUUGUUCGAGUUGUUAUAAAUAGUAAAUGGGACCAUGUUCUGUUUUCUUACUUUCUUUGGAUAGAAACAGUACUGCUAAGUAGUGUAUAUAAAAUAAUGCAAAAACGAGAAUGAGACUUCUAGUGAUGAUUUACGGAAUAUCAGGAAAGUUCGGAAUGUGUGAAUGAGAAGAAGCCAUAGAAGACAAGUAUCUUCUUCUUGUAACCAUCAAAACCGCAUGCUUGUGUCCGAAAUUUAUUUUUAUCUGAAUAGAAACCACUCAUACUAUUUUUUUUGUCUUAACACUCCUUUAUAUUCCGGAGCUUCAUAACAAUUUCUUUUUUUCCUUGUCAGACGUGUAAGAACACAUAACCAAUAUGAUGAAAUAUAAUGUUGUUUCGCCUUCUUGUUCCAAACUAUUUCGAUGUGUCUUGUUCCUCCCACUCUUUUAUAUCUUCUUCGUUGCUUCAGCGAGAAAUUUGGAACAAGUUCCAGAGCCGAGUCCAACGCCAGCCCCGGUUCCACAACCGAGUCCAAAGCCAGCCCCGGCUCCAAAGCCGAAGCCAUCUCCAAGUCCAGGGCCGACCCCGGCUCCAGAGCCAAAGCCAUGUCCAUGUCCAAGUCCAGGGCAAGCUCCGACACCAGCGCCCACUAGGCCACGCAACACGACGUUUCCUGCGAUCUUUGCAUUUGGGGAUUCAAUCGUAGACACAGGAAAUAACGAUUACAUUUCAACAUUAGUCAAAGCUAAUUUUCCCCCCUAUGGCAUGAGUUUUCCACAUGGAUGUCCCACCGGUAGAUUUUGCAACGGCAAGAUCCCUGCUGAUUUUAUAGCGGAAUUUUUAGGAGUAAAACCAACUUUACCGCCAUACUUGAAGCCAGGGCUAACCCAAGAAGAUCUCAUCACUGGUGUAUCAUUUGCUUCAGGUGGUUCUGGCUUCGAUCCUUUGACACCUAUCGUUGUAAGCGCGAUACCGAUGUCAAACCAGUUGACAUAUUUUCAAGAAUACAUUGAGAAAGUGAAAGGCUUUGUGGGAAAAGAGAAAGCGGAGCAUAUAAUAUCCAAAAGUCUAGCCAUUGUGGUUGCGGGCAGCGAUGAUCUAGCUAAUACAUACUAUGGUACACAUGCAGAAGAAUUAUUAUAUGACAUCGAUGCAUAUACCUCCUAUAUGGCUAGCUCUGCUGCAAGUUUCGCUAUGCAACUAUAUGAAUCUGGAGCAAGAAAGAUAGGAUUCAUUGGUAUAUCACCAAUAGGGUGUAUACCGAUACAAAGAACCGCAAGAGGGGGACUUAAGAGAAAGUGUGCUGAUGAAGUAAACGUUGCAGCUCAGCUUUUCAAUACCAAACUCUCCAGAAGUUUGCAUUCUGUGGCUGAGACCUUGGAAAAUGGCACUUUGGUGUAUAUUGAUGUCUACGCUCUCUUCGCUCAAAUGAUCCAAAACCCAAAAGAAUAUGGAUUUGAUGAGAUUGAUAGAGGAUGUUGCGGGACGGGGCUGGUCGAAUUAGGCCCGCUUUGCAACCAAUUUACAUCACUUCUGUGCAGCAAUGUAUCUUCUUAUAUGUUUUGGGACAGUUACCAUCCAACGGAAAGAGCUUAUAGAAUUUUAACCAAAAGUUUAUAGAGACUGACAUGAGCCCUUUCUAUGACAAAUAGAUUUAAGAUGUGUCUGUUGUGAUAAAAUUUGGCUAAAUAAAAGGUGUAACUCAUUUGGUUUAAUGUUUCUUUUGGUA